AUUGAACAAAAAUGUAUUCUGUAUUCAAAUUUCAGGAGAAUUAGAUGCAGUUAAACGAUGCAGACGUGGGGAUGCAUGUGUCAUUGAUACUUACGAAAGCGUGCUCAACUGCAAUGGGAACACUUGCACUGCUCUCCAAAGACUGAUCACCGAUUCGAGUUACUAUCGGUCAGAGGAGUACCAGAGAAUUCAAGGACUUCAGCAUUCUCGCCAUAUGUACACAGUGUGCAGAGGAAUUAAUACAAAGGAGACAGUUUCUUGUCGAAUCGGUGAGAAAUGUGGACUGCUGCUCACAACCAGAGGCUGUGGUCAUCACGGGCCAAAUGGAUGCAUUCACAGACCAAUUUGCAUGCGAGGAGAAGCGACGUGUCACAACUGCGACAAGGCGCAUAAAACUUGCGCCUUGGACGGACGAACCUGGUUUUGUGCAGGAAGAGCACCUUUGCCAAGAACUUGUCAUGUGAAAACAAUUUGCAUGAACAUCAAGCCAGAUCGUUCGUAUCGCCAAGAGGAAUACAACGAUGAGAAGCGCGUUGAUUAUGAUCGGGAAGAUGCGAAUUUGUGCAAGCACACGAAGUGCGGGCCACGUGCUUUUUGUAUUUUGCAAAGAGCUGGGCCGUGUGGUGAGAAUCAGCAGUGCCCCCUGUCGGCAAGAUGCAUCAGACCAAGGAUUGAAUUUAAUGAACACCAUGAAGACUAUGCAUCUGUAGAGGAAGGAUACCAAGAACCAGGAGGACCAGCUGUUGCCAGAUAUCCCAAAAACAAGAUUGAAAGACUGCAAAAGUUUUAUAAGGCAUGUAGUCCACGUGGAACACCAAACCCAGGAAUGUGUCUCAUUGGAGAAAAAUGCGAAAGGGUUGUGGCCUGGGAUGACAGGUGUUUAUUUGACAGACGCAAGAAAUGCACUAAAUUCACGUCUGCUUGCCAAGUUGAAGUGAUACUGCAGAAAACCUGUCCUCGGGAACCUUUGCAUCUGCCAAAAGUGACCUCGGAAAAUUACAACCCAGGAGCAGUCAGGGAUAAUUACCUGGAACAACCCCUAGAUUAUCAAAACCCUGUGAACCGGAACCCGCACCAAGUUCCCCGGGAUUAUCCCCCUGUUCCGAUUCGAAGACCUCAUAAUCAUCCACCGAAAAUCCCCUAUAAUCCACCACCAACAGAAAUUUUUGAAGAGUAUUUUAUUGCAUUGAAAGCGUAG